CGGUGACCCCCGGGCCUGGUCUGGGCCCCAUCCCCAUGUCCCAGUUCGGCACCAUCUCAAGGCAGAUCUCGCGGCACAACUCCACCACCUCGUCAGUCUCCAUGGUUUCGGCCACGGGCACCUACCGCCGGGCGCCGUCCGUCACCUCCCAGUUCUCCCUGCAGCAGCAGCAGGCCCUACAGCAUCAACAGCAGCAGCAGAUACAGCAGCCGUACAUUAACGGGGGCACCCCCGCCUACCCCCACAACUCAAGUAAGACACUCAUGUGUAUUGACUUCUCUCCUGUCAAAGUGCCGGUUAAGGCGUUUCUCCUCUCCGGUGAACGUCUUGUACAUUGAUGUAGAACGUAUUCUCCUCCUUGGAUUCUCCAGCUGAUACAAUCCAGGUAAUGGAUAAUGCUCCAGCACUGCAGAGUCUCUGCUUUUUUGGCCUCUGUUUAAGUACGAGCUGAGGUUUUGUUAAAUCACAAUUUAUUAGUGCUUUCACAACCUUUUUAAGUGGUUGAUUUCUCCUCUCUCCCUGAUCCCUCAAAUGUACUAGCCAGCCUCCAGAAGGUGACCCCAGCUCAAGGUGUCCACUAACUUAAACACAGUGUUUAUUUUUUGUCCUCUGUCCUGUACCCUUCGACUAAAACUGCUGUGGGAACACAAACACAGGCAGGCGUACUGAAUCAAUAACCUCAUCAAGUUACCACUAUUACUAGUCUGUUCAACCUCUCUUUCAUAACGUCUGAGAUCCCCAGAGAUUGGAAAGCUGCCGCGGUCAUCCCCCUCUUCAAAGGGGGUGACACUCUAGAUCCAAACUGUUACAGACCCAUAUCCAUCCUGCCCUGUCUUUCGAAAGUAUUUGAAAGCCAAGUUAACAAACAGAUCACCGACCAUUUCGAAUCCCACCGUACCUUCUCCGCUAUGCAAUCCGGUUUCCGAGCUGGUCACGGGUGCACUUCAGCCACGCUCAAGGUCCUAAACGAUAUUAUAACCGCGAUUGAUAAUAGACAGUACUGUGCAGCCGUCUUCAUCGACCUGGCCAAGGCUUUCGAAUCUGUCAACCACCGCAUUCUUAUUGGCAGACUAAAUAGCCUUGGUUUCUCAAAUGACUGCCUCGCCUGGUUCACCAACUACUUCUCAGAUAGAGUUCAGUGUGUCAAAUCGGAGGGCCUGUUGUCUGGACCUAUGGCAGUCUCUAUGGGGGUGCCACAGGGUUCAAUUCUUGGGCCGACACUUUUCUCCGUGUAUAUCAAUGAUGUCGCUCUUGCUGCUGGUGACUCUCAGAUCCACCUCUACGCAGACGACACCAUUUUGUAUACAUCUGGCCCUUCAUUGGACACUGUGUUAACAAACCUCCAAACGAGCUUCAAUGCCAUACAACAAUCCUUCAGUAGCCUCCAACUGCUCUUAAACACUAGUAAAACUAAAUGCAUGCUUUUCAAUCGAACGCUGCUGGCACCCGCCCACCCGACUAGAAUCACCACUCUCGACGGGUCUGACCUAGAGUAUGUGGACAACUACAAAUACCUAGGUGUCUGGUUAGACUGUAAACUCAACUUCCAGACUCACAUAAAGAAUCUCCAAUCCAAAGUUAAAUCUAGAAUCGGCUUCCUAUUUCGCAACAAAGCCUCCUUCACUCAUGCUGCCAAACAUGCCCUCGUAAAACUGACUAUCCUACCGAUCCUUGACUUCGGCGAUGUCAUUUACAAAAUAGCCUCCAACACUCUACUCAGCAAAUUGGAUGUAGUCUAUCACAGUGCCAUCCGUUUUGUCUCCAAAGCCCCAUACACUACCCACCACUGUGACCUGUACGCUCUUGUUGGCUGGUCCUCACUACAUGUUCGUCGUCAAACCCACUGGCUCCAGGCCAUCUAUAAAUCACUGCUAGGCAAAUCCCCGCCUUAUCUUAGCUCAUUGGUCACCAUAGCAGCACCCACCCGUAGUCUGCGCUCCAGCAGGUAUAUCUCACUGGUCAUUCCCAAAGCCAACACCUCCUUUGGCCGCCAUUCCUUCCAGUUCUCUGCUGCCAAUGACUGGAACGAAUUGCAAAAAUCUCUGAAGCUGGAGACUCUUGUCUCCCUCAAUAACUUUAAGCAUCAGUUGUCAGAGCACCUUACCGAUCACUGCACCUGUACACAGCCCAUCUGAAAUUAGCCCACCCAACUACCUCAUCCCUAUAUUGUUAUUUAUUUUGCUCAUUUGCACCCCAGUAUCUCUAUUUGCACAUAAUCUCUUGCACAUCUAGCAUUCCAGUGUUAAUACUAUUGUAAUUAUUCUGCACUAUAGCCUAUUUAUUGCCUUACCUCCAUAACUUGCUUCAUUUGCACACACUGUAUAUAUAUUUUCUGUUGUAUUUCUGACUUUAUGUUUUUUACCCCAUAUGUAACUCUGUGUUGUUGUUUUAUUGCACUACUAUGCUUUAUCUUGGCCAGGUCGCAGUUGUAAAUGAGAACCUGUUCUCAACUGGCUUACCUGGUUAAAUAAAGGUGAAAUAAAAAAAUAAAAAAAGUACUGGAAAAUUCAAAAGGAUUUAGAAUAAAAUGUGAGAAACUCAAGCUGUCGGCAGCCACCUGUGCCGUUUUGAAUUGAGAUUCUCCUCAGCUCUCCCCUCUCCCGUUCACUUGCACUGUGAAAGACCGGCUGGCGUCAAAUCUUACAGUCACAAUGUUAACUGGCAUCGCAGAGGGUUGUCAUUGGAUGUUAAGAUCCAUCAGCACUAAGAGGACACUGGGCGUGUCCCAAACGGCUCCUUAUUCUCCAUAGGGCUCUGUCUAAAGUAGUGCACUAUAAAUGGAAUAGGGUGCCAUUUGAGACGCACUUACAGAAUGUAGGAGGAGGAAGCUUCUCUAAUGAGCCGGAACCCUCGUCCCCCCCAAAUCAUUUAUAACUGUGGCGUUGUAUAAAGCCGUUAUUAAAUAAACACUUCCUCUUGUCAUUAUGUCUAGUCCCGGUUAUACAGGACGUUCUGUAGACACUGGAGAUGUAGAGGCCUUUUUAUCUGAAAAGAUGAUGCUUUAUCUACUCUCCUUUUUUUAGUGACAUCGUGAACCUUUGGCUGUUCCACAACGUUGACCUUUAUGCAGCUGUUAAUGAGCCCCACUUAUCCAAGCAUACGGGUCGGGUGUAUGGAGGCAGCAUCGCAUGCUUCCUUCAGUAAAGAUCAUGAUUUAGGCAUGGGGUUGACCUCAAGAGCCUGUAGAUUAAGAGCCAGCUUAAACCAUGCAUUAUCAGUAGCCUUUAUGGGAUGGAAAUUGAAGGAUGAAAUAUUGCCCCUAUCUAUCCAUGUCAAAAAUACGGCAUAUCAUCCUUUGUUUGAUUUCAGACAGAAACAUCAAACCGUCUAUGAUUGUUAGCCACGAGAUACAUUUAGACAUCAGUGUGGACAAUUGCAGCACGCUAGCUAGAGGGGGCCCUGACCCUUGACCCUGACCUCUCUAAGGUCAACAGGUUAUUUUAAGAUGGUGGCACCAUAGAAAUUUAAUCUAUAGAACGGGCCCUCCCCAUUCAAGUCAAUGAUAGCAUAAUGGGUGGACUUGCAGCCAUUGUGAGUGUGCCCAUGAGUUUACCAGUCAAAUUGCCAGGGUAAGAGGUUCCAAGGCCUGUCUAUAGAUCAUAUUUCUAUGGGUGGUACUCUUCACGCCACGGUUUGUGAACUAAGAACCAGGGUCGUUAGGGGUGCAGACAGCGCCUCUCUCUGGCCGUAUGCCGACGCUACAAUCAUCCAAAUAAUCUCAUUGUGAUUAGGAGCAUGAAAUGGCAACGUGACAACAAUCAAACCUCAUCGCUUUAUAAUCCCUCUGUACAACAACCAAAUACCUUGGGGAAACCUGCACUCAGUCUCUGGCCUCGCUGAACUAAAAACCACAAGCAUAGACUCUGUUUCUAUGAUUUGUACACAUUACAUAUUAAAUGUAUUUCCUUGUAGAAGUGCACAAAACUCAUGACUAACCUUUCAGUGUGUGUGUCUCUAAAAUUCUUGCAAUGAUAGUAUUGCAUUGACUUUAGGGUAUAGUGACUUGGGUUGGAGUACUCUGUUUCAUAUUGGGUUGGGGUACUCUGUUUCAUAUUGGGUUGGGGUACUCUGUUUCAUAUUGGGUUGGGGUACUCUGUUUCAUAUUGGGUUGGGGUACUCUGUUUCAUAUUGGGUUGGGGUACUCUGUUUCAUAUUGGGUUGGAGUACUCUGUUUCAUAUUGGGUUGGGGUACUCUGUUUCAUAUUGGGUUGGGGUACUCUGUUUCAUAUUGGGUUGGGGUACUCUGUUUCAUAUUGGGUUGGGGUACUCUGUUUCAUAUUGGGUUGGGGUACACUGUUUCAUUUUGGGUUGGGGUACUCUGUUUCAUAUUGGGUUGGGGUACUCUGUUUCAUAUUGGGUUGGGUUGGAGUACUCUGUUUCAUAUUGGGUUGGGGUACUCUGUUUCAUAUUGGGUUGGGGUACACUGUUUCAUUUUGGGUUGGGGUACUCUGUUUCAUAUUGGGUUGGGUUGGAGUACUCUGUUUCAUAUUGGGUUGGAGUACUCUGUUUCAUAUUGGGUUGGGGUACUCUGUUUCAUAUUGGGUUGGGGUACUCUGUUUCAUAUUGGGUUGGGGUACUCUGUUUCAUAUUGGGUUGGGUUGGAGUACUCUGUUUCAUAUUGGGUUGGGUUGGAGUACUCUGUUUCAUAUUGGGUUGGGUUGGGGUACUCUGUUUCAUGGGGUACUCUGUUUCUAUGUUGGGUUGGAGUACUCUGUUUCAUAUUGGUUGAGUACUUUUGUUUCACAUUUAUCACCUUGUUGGUGAUGAUUGUCUGUUCCUGUUGUUCGUCCUCUGUUGCUUUUCCUCUCGUCUCUGUCCUCUCUGUCUGCUUUAUAUCCUCUCUGUCUGCUUUAUAUCCUCUCUGUCUGCUUUAUAUCAUCUGUCUGCUUUAUAUCAUCUGUCUGCUUUAUAUCCUCUCUGUCUGCUUUAUAUCCUCUCUGUCUGCUGUAUAUCCUCUCUGUCUGCUGUAUAUCCUCUCUGUCUGCUUUAUAUCCUCUCUGUCUGCUUUAUAUCCUCUGUCUGCUUUAUAUCCUCUCUGUCUGCUUUAUAUCCUCUCUGUCUGCUUUAUAUCUCUCUGUCUGCUUUAUAUCCUCUUGUCUGCUUUAUAUCCUCUCUGUCUGCUUUAUAUCCUCUCUGUCUGCUGUAUAUCCUCUCUGUCUGCUUUAUAUCCUCUCUGUCUGCUUUAUAUCCUCUCUGUCUGCUUUAUAUCCUCUCUGUCCUCUUUAUAUCCUCUCUGUCUGCUUUAUAUCCCUCUGUCUGCUUUAUAUCCUCUCUGUCUGCUUUAUAUCCUCUCUGUCUGCUUUAUAUCCUCUCUGUCUGCUUUAUAUCCUCUCUGUCUGCUUUAUAUCCUCUCUGUCUGCUUUAUAUCCUCUCUGUCUGCUGUAUAUCCUCUCUGUCUGCUUUAUAUCCUCUCUGUCUGCUGUAUAUCCUCUCUGUCUGCUUUAUAUCCUCUGUCUGCUGUUAUCUCUCUGUCUGCUUAUAUCCUCUGUCUGCUUAUAUCCUCUCGUCUGCUUUUAUCCUCUGUCUGCUUUAUAUCCUCUCUGUCUGCUUAUAUCCUCUCGUCUUUAUUCUCUGUCUGCUUUAUAUCCUCUCUGUCUGCUUUAUAUCUCUCUGUCUGCUUUAUAUCCUCUUCGUUUAUCCCUGCUUUAUAUCCUCUCUGUCUGCUUUAUAUACCUCUGCUCUGCUUUAUAGCCUCUGUCUGCUUUAUAUCCUUCUUUUCUGCUUUAUAUCCUCUCUGCUGCUUUAUAUCCUCUCUGUACUGCGGUAUAUAUCCUAUCUGUCUGCUUAUAUAUCCUCUCUGUCUGGCUGUAAUAUCUCUCUGUCUGGCUGGUAUACUCCUCUCUGUCCUGCUUGGAUAUCCUCUCUGUCUUGCUUUAUAUCCUCUCUGGUCUGCCUUUAUAUUCACUCUUCCUGCAUGUCAUAUCCUCUCUGUCCUGCUGUAUAUCUCUCUGUCUGCUGUAUACAUCCUCUCUGUCUGCUUUAUAUCCUCUCUGUACUGCUUUAUAACUUCCUCGUUCUGUCUGCUGUUAUAUCCUCUCUGUCUGCUGUAUAUCCUCUCCUGCUGCUGUUAAUAUCCUCUCAUGUCCUGGGUCUGCUUUAUAUCCUCUCUGGUCUGCUUUAUUCUCCUCUCUGUCUGCUUUUCUCUCUUUCGUUUGGUGCGUUUGUGGCGGCUUCCCGUGUCUAUAGCUCCCCCUCCUCCCCCCAUGCCUCAGCUGACUCCACAGAUACCUCUUACAGGCUUUGUGGCCAGGGUGCAGGAGAACAGUAAGUCUACAGGCUCAACACACACUUUCCCUGUUGCGCAGAUCACUCUCCCUGUUCUCCAAUUCACUCUCCCUGUUCCCCAGAUCACUCACCCUUUCCCCUAAAUCUGACUAUAACAACCCUCAUCUGUCAACCACACAGCAUGCUUUGUGCCUGUUCACUCAUCUGCCUGUCUGCCUGCUUGCCUGCCUGCCUGCCUGCCUGCCUGCCUGCCUGCCUGCCUACCUGCCUGCCUGCCUGUCUGCCUGCCUGCCUGCCUGCCUGCCUGCCUGCCUGUCUGCCUGUCUGCCUGCGCUGUAGACAGCUCUUAUCUAUUGUCUGUGUUAAUAAGUAGUGUUCUCAAACAGACGCUUAUUGCCGUCGAGACCCAUUGCUUUCUCCAGUGUGCAGAUACUGAGAACAAAUAGUGAAAAAAGUGGCUCCAUUCCAAGAUUAUUCAGGAGAAUAUAUAAUGGAGGAAGCAGCUGAAUUGGUAUUCUACAAAGUACCACGUGUGUGAUAAGGCAUAUGUUAAGUAUAAUUUAACCAAAAAAAAUGCACCGUAUGAGCGGCACAUAUGGAAGGACUAAACGUAUUGUGCGUAGUACGGUGUGAUCAACAGAGAAAUAGUCUGCAUGCUUUUGUGUAACUUUAAAAGAAGCUUAGCCUGCUAUUGUUAAGACAGAUUUAUGUCUGCGUUAAACAGAUUUAUGUUACCGGCAGAAUUAAAACACCACCAUUUUUAUAGCCGUUUUCUUAACAGUACGAAGGCUGUCAUUUCCAGUCGAGAGAGUAAAACAGAGAGCACUGACGUAGUAUCCUGAGUGGUGAUUGGAUUAGCAUCCUCUGAUAAAAACACCACCUCAGAAUGGCUCCGCUCUUAUUCCCUUUGGCACAACGUAGAAAUGGUCAUCAUGUUUGAUUUUAUGCAGGUAAGCCUCCACGAUCGGAUGCACGCAUCCUACUGUAGCUUCUGAUUCAGAGGUCCUCCCCUGACUAUAUGGGCUGCAGUCUAUUGUACUGGACUCAUUUGUAGGCGUUCGCUUCUGUAAAUAAUUAAAGAGAAAAAAUACUCUUCCCUGUAAAUCAAAAUACACUUCCUUGGACUUGGGUCACAAGAUGGAGAAGGGUUGUUGCUUUGGAACAUGACUGAUAGGAGGAUAGGGCUUUCUGCCUCCAACUGAAACUAGUUGCAGCUCUGGAUGGUCCAAUCCCAAAUGGUCCCCUAAGCCCUAAGCCCUACACCCUCUGCACUUGUGGAGAUCUUAGAAGAUGUUACAGGUAUAAGCAAUAUGGUAAUAGCUCCACCUUGCACUCUGAUAGGCUAGGUGGAAGUUUCACCAUAUUGCUUCUUCCAAUCAAAUCCUCUCAUAUCUCCACAAGUGCAUAGGGUGAAUGGCUUAGGGGUCCAUUUGGGAUUGGACCGGUGUGUGUGUUUGUGGUGAUAGAGCCGCAUCCCUCUAGGAUAGUCACAAGUUCUCUACUGUCGUUGCUAACUGAAGUAAAUAAUGAAUGAUAUUAUACAACAAAACACAAGAAGAGAAUUCAAAUCCAAUGGAAAUAGAAUGUCAAAACAAGUUUGCGUUGCGUGCAGCAUUACCUUGGUGGCAAAGAACACGUGUAACCAAAUUAGGUGUCUUAACAAGUGACCUGGAGGAAUGAAUCUCAAAAGGUCAAUAUCCGCACGCCAACAACUCGCUGUCAGGCAUUUUAUUUGGUCCUUGACCGACUAACCAUCGGCGCCUGGCAUACAUACAAACCACAGCAUGUUGCUCUUCCACGAUUGCAUGGUUUUCUCUAGCGUUGGGCUUGGUGGCAUGUGAAGCCCGCCUGUAAUGUACAACGGGACCCGUUCCUUCCUCCCAGUUUCAGGCAGCAUUCCUAAUCUCGUUCCCUCUCCCCCUCUACUCAUCGGCGUUUGGCAGUUGCGGACGCCCCUACUCCGCCUCCCCCUCUUCCAUCCGAUGACCUUCCCAUGUUUGAUGAAGCUCCUCCUCCUCCUCCUCCUCCGCCGCCAGUUGACUACGAGGAAGAGGAAGCGGCUGUGGUGCACUACAGUGACCCGUAUGCCGAAGGAGACCCCCAGUGGGCGCCCAAGAGCUACAUAGAGAAAGGUACGCCUCGGGGCUCAAUACCGACGCCACUCUACUUCUCUUCCCUACCAUACACUUCACAUGUAUUUAUUUAAAACUACACCGAACUAGUCAACUACUUAAGCACAUUUUGACACUCACAAUAAAAUAUGUUAACCUUCAGGCAAACCGUUUCUUACCCGUUGUAUCCUAAUCCAGUUUGCCUAAUCCCUCUGAUGUUUUUCGCCUCCUCAGUGGUGGCCAUCUACGACUACACGGCAGAUAAAGACGACGAGCUGAGUUUCAUGGAGGGAGCCAUCAUCUACAUCAUCAAGAAGAACGACGACGGCUGGUUCGAGGGAAUCAGCAGCGGAGUCACAGGCCUGUUCCCCGGCAACUACGUCGAGUCCAUCAUGCACUAUGCUGAC